AUGGACAUGUCCUUCUUUGUCCCCACGCGCUUCGUGUGGCGGUUCCACGGCCAGCAGGUUUAUCUGAUCGGAUCGUUCACCCGAUGGGUGGAGACCGUUCCAAUGGCGCCAGCUGACGCCUCCCCAGGCGUGUUCGCUGUUGUUGUUCAUCUUCCCCCAGGGUAUCACCAGUACAAAUUUAUUGUCGAUGGAGAGUGGCGACACGAUGAAACUGCUCCCUUCAUGGCAGAUCCCAUUGGAAACGUCAACAACUGGGUGUUUGUGAAGAGGCCAGAGCAACUCCAUCAAGCUCCACCGGUACUGGUUCCAGCACAACAGCCAAUGCCACCACCGCCGCCAAUGCAGCCCUCUGAUGAGCCCAUGGCUGAUGAAAAUUCAGUGCCAAAUGUGGCCAUCAGCGAAAGGAAGGAACCGGAAUACACUCGAAGUGUGGUCCACGAGUUCCUGCACUCGCACACAGCUUUUGAAUUGAUCCCAGAGAGCAGCAAGGUGGUUGCCCUGGACAUGGAUUUGUCUGUGCGCCAGGCCUUCCAUGCCCUGGCUGAGCAGGGCAUCUCUUCAGCCUCCCUGUGGGACAGCAACGAGGGCAACAUCGUGGGCGUCAUCAGUGCCAGCGACUUCAUCCAUGCCCUCAGGCAGCUCAGGGAGUCGGUGUCCAGUGGCGGGAGCGCCCUAUCUGCGGCCGAGAUGGAUCGGCACUCUAUCAGGGACAUGAGGGAAGAGAUGGCACACAAGUGCCCUGGUGUAAAGAGCCUUGUGUAUGUUGAACCUGACAUGAAGCUGCAGGAAGUUGUCCAAACUCUGUUUAGCAAGAAAUGCUCCAUGGCACCGAUUGUGACGGUUGAUACAGAAUCAGGACAGAUACCCAACGUCCUGCACAUUGCCACAAUCGCAGGUAUACUGGGGUGCAUCAUGCGGCACUUUCGAGCAUCGCUCGCAUCCCUGCCCCUACUUGCUGAGCCGCUAGGCACCCUGCCAUUGGGGACAUGGUCACCAACAGUCGAUGGAAACGAAAACACAGACCAGAGCGCCCGAAAUGGCCGCACCACAAAACCCCUGCACGUCGUCCACCCCUCCACCCCCCUCACCUCAGCCCUGACCCUGAUGCUGGAGUCUGGAGUCAGUGUGCUGCCGGUGGUGGACGACAGCGGCGUGCUGCUGGACAUCUACGCUCGAUCGGACAUCACGAAUCUGGCCAAGGGCAAUGCGUACAGCAGGCUUCAAUACGAGGAGAUGACAGUGCAGCAGGCUCUGAACCUGGCAAGGCCUAGCUCGCACGUCCCAUCAAGGCCCCAGGCUGGUGCCAUCAGCGGAUUGACCGCCAGCCUGCAAGGCGGCGCUCCUUCGUCCGUGGAGGGCCAGGUUCGCGCCGGGCAGGGCCAACCUGUCGCCACGUCCACGCGCGCCCACAUUGUCUCGCGCCAGGACAGCCUGCGCACCGUCGUGGAGCGGCUGGCCGUGCCGGGCGUCCGCAGGCUCAUGGUCGCCAACCCGAUGACCCGCCAGCUGGAGGGCAUCAUCUCCCUGAGCGACGUGGCGUCCUACCUGUUCCUCUGA